CGAUCCUGUCAAGUCUGUCUCUGUCACCAGUUCAAAACCGACCAUCGGGCGGGUUCGCCGAUCUUCUGUCCGCGGAUCCGAAACCCGGCUUUUGCCAACUGAGACCGGCCCGGCGCCAAAAAUAGACGACUUUUACUUGUGAUCGAAACUGUAAAAAUUAACCCGUUUUCAUGACAAUCCGGACUUAAGUGUUAGACUUAACUGUAAAAUCCCUCUGGCUCGAUUGUUGCCCCACAAAAAAAUUAAUAUUUGCCCGAAGAGAAAAAGUAAGCAAUUAUUGAACGUUGGUGGGGCUGAUGUCUCAGCUUAUCUUCACCUCAGCUCUUGAAAUGCGAGUUUAAUGAAGGACUUCCUCUUUACGACUUGUUAGAAAAAUUAUGGCCUCACUCUGAGAAAAAACGAAAACAUGGUGAAAGAUCGGACAGAUCAACUCGUAAGCGGAAAAAGGGUAAAGAAGAAGAACAAUGAAGAGAGGGAUUUGGAAGCUGGGGAAGAAUCCGACGAAGAGACAAGCCUCAACCCAAAGUGGACAAAGCCAGUUGUUUUGAAGGCAAAAAAUAAAGAAUGCCAAAAACUAGAGGACGUUUUUAAAAAGGUCAACGAUAUCAUAGUCUCCGUGGAAGGCUUGAAAGAGAAUAUUGUUCAACUUCAAAAAAAGCAUGUUCUACUACAGCGUUCGACGCGAGUUGAGCCCGUGCUCAAAGAAGAAGCUGAAGAGUUGAAUGAGGAGAUAAAAAAAGAAGCCAACCUCGCCAAACAGAAAAUAAAGGAUCUGGAACAAAAUAAAACCGGACACCCAGAUUCUGCGAUCGACAGAGUAAUAAAGACGCAGACAGCCUUGUUGACACAGAUGCUUCAGGAAGCUGUCGAAUUCUAUGACAAGUCACUUCAAGCUCAUAAGCAGUUCUGUGAAAGUUUAAUAAAAAAACAGCUUCACAUAGUCAUAAAGAAGGUUGUAAGGAGAGUCGGAAUUGUUCCAGCUCAUAAAGAAGUGACCGAGGAUGAACUCAUGGCAAUCAUAGACACAGAAGACACAGCCGUUUUUGUAGAAGACUACAUUAAAGAAACAACUGAAGCCAGGCAACUGCUUCAAGAUGCGAGGGACAGGCACAAAGAGAUCCUGGCUAUUGAGAGGGACAUAUUGAAAAUCCGUGACAUGUUUUGUGACCUCGCACUAAAUAUAACAAAGCAGGGUGAAAUGAUCGAUACGAUUGAGUAUCACAUCGGCAACGGGAUUAUCAUGACGAACAAAGGCAACAAGCGUUUGUUCAAAGCUAACAAAAUGAGACAAGGAGCAAGAAGGAGAAAAAUAUACCUUAUUAUUUGUUUGAGUUCAGUCAUCGCCAUUCUCCUAAUCAGUUUGGUCUCUUCACUAGGUUUUUAAUUGUUAUUAUUAGUUAGUUACAAUGUUACAAUUUAAUAUAGAUUUAUAACUUUUUUACACAA